GAACUUGGUGAUACAAUACUACAGUGUGAAGGAAUACCCAAUGGUAUGCCAGAUGUUGACUUAAAUAAUGACUUGGAUGACAACAUCUUAACAUACGUACGAGCAGAUUGUGAAGGCACAUGGAUACCUACAUAAUAUUAUAAGCCUUUGAUUCAUACAUCACAUGGAUAACUUUAGUGAUGAAGAAGCUGGUGUUGAAAAUGAAACCCCAAAGCAGAUAUGUAGACCACGAGGACCAACUAUUAUGUUCGAUGUCACUCGCAUUAGAAGUUUGGGAGAGAAGAAGGUGGUGAUGUACAAUGAAGACGGAGUACCCAUUGGUGAGAAUGGAGCAAAGUUGAAGUCUUUCAUAGGAUCUGCGACACAUUAUCAUGUCCCGAUCACAUAUUCAUCGUGGAAAAGUGUGCCGGUAGAGCUGAAAGAUAAAAUAUUUAGUACGGUUGAGGUAUAUAUAUAAUUUCAAUGUGCUUAUAUUGAUAAUAAUGUUCAUGAUGUAUACUUUAUUAAUCACUUUUAAAUAUUUAGGCCGCAUUCUUCAUUGAUCCAAGAUCUAGGAAAAAUAUUAUCCAAACUGCUGGCAUUUCGUUUAGUUAGUUUAAGUGUUGGCUAACAACAAAAUAUAUUAUGCCACAUAAGGAUGAACCACAACUCCUACAAGUUCCACCAGAAAAGUAUUCAUUCAUUGACCAACAUCAUUGGGCAGAAUUUGUAAGGUCUAGAUUGUGUGAAACUUUUCAGGAAAAAAGACUUCUGCAACAAGAUAGACGAUCUAAGAACAAGUAUAACCAUAGGAUUUCGAGGAAGGGUUAUGCCAAUCUUAUCGAGGAAAUGAAAAAGGAAGGUUCAAACCAAAAAGAGUUGGAUCGAGCCAUCAUGUGGAAGAAGGCUCGAGUUAACAAAAAAGGGGAGUAUGAGAACGACGACGUUCAACAAGUUGUCCAUAAAAUUGAUGAGAUUUCAAUGAAUACGUCUUCAUCGUCUCAAAAAGGACACUCUUCUAACGAUGUGUUAACCCAAGCAUUGGGUACAAAAGAGCAUAACGGUCGUGUUUGUGGGGUCGGUGGGUAUGUUACUCCUACCAAUUACUUUCAUUCUGUAAAAAAGACAUCUAAACGUGAGGAUGAGAAUAUUAUACUUGAGAAUGAAGAACUUCGAAGGCGUGUAAGCGAAUUAGAAGCACAUAUCCACUCAAACUUGUCUAGACCAUUAUCUGGACAUGGUAGCUGUUCGAAGCCAAAUAUCUUAGAAGAGAGUGACUCGAUGAAAAUAAUCAAAGGGAAGAGUAAGUUGAUGGAUACAAUCGAAGGGAAAGAGGUGGAGGAGAUAAAUGUAAAUGACGACAAAGUAGAGUUGGACAUCUUUAAGGUAUGCAAUCGAUCCUCUAAUAAACUCAAAUUCUUGAAUUAG